UCUGAGUUGGAGUUGCCGAGAGUUCCCCCCUCCCCCUCGCUACUACCCCCCCCACACACCUCUUGGUCUUCGCGCGCCGCGGGGCGGCGGGAGGCAGCACCCGGGAUCCAGUGAGCCGGGUCCGGAGCCCGGCGUGGGGCAGCCCCCGGGGAGGAGCCUCACCGCCUGGGACGCGUGCCGCGCACUGGCACUGCCCGGGCCAGAACUGCGUGACGAGAAAACUCACUUUGUGUACCCCUUGCUUCAACAAUGAGUGCCAAAUCUGCCAUCAGCAAAGAAAUCUUUGCUCCUCUCGAUGAAAGGAUGCUGGGUGCUGUCCAGGUCAAGAGAAGGACCAAGAAAAAGAUUCCAUUCUUGGCAACCGGGGGUCAAGGCGAAUAUUUGACUUACAUCUGCUUAUCAGUGACAAACAAGAAGCCCACACAGGCGUCCAUCACGAAGGUCAAGCAGUUUGAAGGCUCCACCUCAUUUGUGCGCAGAUCGCAGUGGAUGCUGGAGCAGCUUCGCCAGGUCAAUGGCAUUGAUCCAAACCGGGAUUCUGCAGAGUUUGAUUUGUUGUUUGAAAAUGCUUUUGACCAAUGGGUAGCCAGCACAGCCUCAGAAAAAUGCACCUUCUUCCAGAUCCUCCAUCAUACCUGCCAGAGGUACCUCACAGACAGGAAGCCAGAGUUUAUUAACUGCCAAUCCAAGAUCAUGGGAGGAAACAGCAUCCUGCACUCGGCAGCUGACAGCGUGACCAGCGCCGUCCAGAAAGCCAGCCAGGCCUUGAAUGAGCGUGGGGAGCGGUUAGGCCGAGCUGAGGAGAAGACGGAAGACAUGAAGAACAGCGCGCAGCAGUUUGCAGAAACUGCGCAUAAGCUUGCCAUGAAGCACAAAUGUUGAGAAACAGCCGACUGUGGUGAACCUCUUACAAGAAGUGGAAGAGUUUGUGUCGCAGUUUUUACAAGAAUCCCAGACCUCCGCUUGCUUUUAUUCUAGUAUAUGGACAUUUGGGUUUUUUUUUGUUUCCCUUUUUAGAUGUUAAUAUGAAAAAAAAGAUUAUUAUGUUUAUACAUUUCCCUGAUGAUCUUGCGAAGAAAUGCUGCAAAAAGCAUCAGCUUCAUUUUGGGUUCCCCAUCGCCCACACUCACCGCACUGUGUGUAUGUGUUUAUAUUAAGUUUUUCACUGUUUUUAUUUGUCAGUUUGUUUCUUUGUUUAGCUAGAAACUUGGACCAAAUGAUAUACUGAGAUGAGUCUAAACUGGCAACCUAAGCUUUUGUCCUGAUAUUAAGCAGGAAGGCAGUUCAAUAUGGUGACAUCAGAUAUUUUUGCUCCUGGAUGGAAAUAAAGUAAAAUAGCAAUUGGUCUCUGUGUCCUCCCUAGUCUUAAUUUGAAGGAGAAGAUUCUAGAUGUUAUGGAGAACAAUAAGAUUUAUCAGGGGAAACAGCAGUCUUAGACUCUGCUCCUUCUCUAGUAAUCUUUUGCAUGAGCCCUCAUCAGCAGUUAGAAAAACAAAUCAAAAUCACAGAUAGAAAUCUACUUUCUGAACUAGUUUAAAUAUUUCCGCUCCUUGUUUAAAGACUGAUUAUUUGGAAUUAUCAUAUGAAGGAUAAAAAUUUGAGAUUAAAGCCCUGAGGAAAAGCUGUGCAUUCACGGAUGUGUCUCUAGUGAUUGUCCCAAAUUACAGGAGCUGGCAUUGAAAAGAACUUGGAUUUUUAUCAAGAAUUGAUUUGUGCAGAUAAGCGUCUGUGGAAAUGACAGGGUGAACGUAGAUGACACUUUAAGUCAUUUUUCUUUUCUCUUCACCAAGUUCUGUCUAUUUUAAAGACACCCUCACCACUGUCUUGGGCAGAGGCCUUCGCAUCUGGAUUUUGUAGAGUUCAAUAUUGUGAUUGCUCCCUAUUUAAUAUCAUUUCAGUGUAGGUUUCUGGACACAUUGCAUUUCAGAGUGAUUGCAACUCGCUUGAGAGAACAUGAAGGGGGUUCAGUCCAGAAGUCUUCAGGCUGCCCCGAGGGCAGUGCAAGUUGGCCCCCCACACACACCUCCCAAUUUUCUAUUAUUUAUGAUAGUGCAAGGUACAUAGUAACUGGGGAGUUUUGUUUCUUAGAGGGUUGGAAGCUGACCAUGGAAGUUGAAUUCUGUCUUCAUUAAACAAGUAAGCAAACUGCAUAGCCCAGCCUCAUUCUCAGCUCCCAUAGCAGUGCGUUGGUUUUUAGGCUUCUUGAAUCUGCAAACCCCUUCUUGUUCCUUCCUAGCCUUUGAGCCUGCUGAACCUAUGAGCUCAGUAGGCUCAAUUUGUAGCCUCUUACAUUGCAAUAUUAUUGAUAGGAUUGUUUGAAUAAUUUAAGUUCUCCUGAUAAAGCAUUUUAGAGAGAGAGAUAGAGAGAGAAAGUUGGAAUAUCAAUAAGGAAAGUAAUAGAUGUCAAACAAAAGAGAGAUUGACUGUGCUGGAGACGUAUUUUUGAAUCCUCUUGAUUAAAUGUUUCAGUUCUAGCAAACUGUAAAUAUAUAUAUGUAUAUAUAAAUAUGGUAAGCCAUAUGAGUUUACUAUCAGAUUCUGUAAUUUUAUUUUUGGUGUUUUAAAAAUUAAAAUAUGCAAAGAGGUUGCUACCCAUUAGAAGCACUUAUGAUAUCUAAGAAAAGCCAAAAAUAAUAGUCCAAAUGGUUCUGCUCAUAGAUUUUAGUUCAGAACAUACAACACUUCCCAAAUUGGGCUAAAUCUUCAGAGAUAAAUAAUUGAAAGGGUAAAUCUAAACCCCCUUGACAAUUGGCCAAACUCAAAAUGUAAACGUUAAUACCAACUCUCAAACAACAGUAUUUGCAAAGAUGCUUCUGAAGUAACAGACAAUGAGGUCAUAAGCAGACUGUGAAACCUGAGAUUCUUCCACCCUAGUAGAGCUGUGAUUGCUGCCUCAGAAACAAGUAUUUUACAUCUUACCCUCUGUCCUCACCAUCUACCCCUUUGAAAUUUCCUACACACGUUAUUGGAAUCUCUGUUCACCUUCUGUAUUGGUUUGCUUCCAAUCAUACCCUCGACGUCCCUGUGUGGCGUCCUGCCUACCACAUUGCCCCCAGAGAGGCUAGAAUAGCGGCCCCUGUCCCUUCUCUGCCUCCUGGCCUCUUGCUGAGGCCUUGUGAUGACACCAUGAAGUUCUAUUCUUUUGUAGAAGAGGCUGCAGUACUAAAUAUUAGUGCAACCUAGUCUAGAGAAAAUUGCUGGAAUGAUUCACGUACUUGGGACCAAUUUGGUUGAACUCGCUAGAAAAGCUUUUCUUUUCUGCUUGUUUCAUUUCUGCUUUUCAUUAUGAGUUUUUGGGACACUAUUUUUGUGAAGAGUUUCUUGUUUUGACAAUGUGUAAAGAGAAGAAACUUCCCAGUGUUAUCACCUCUUGGAAUGUAGCUUAGUAUUCUUCACUAGUAUUAGAUAUCUGUGUACAGAGAGUAUACAAUUAUUCAGGUUAAUGUUUCAUAUUAAAGAAUGUAUUUGUAAAAUGUAACAAGAUCAGUAGUUAACUUUUUUUUUUAAGCUGAGGGGGAAAAAAGUUUCUGUGUUAGACUUAAAAUUACAGUGAAAUCUGUCUUAAUACUACUUUUGUGGCUAACAAAGGUUGUGAAUUUAUGUAAGAGUAUUUACAGAUUGCCCUGCCUACAGGGUAAUAAGGAUAGGUUUUGCUUUUAAUUUUUAGGAUUACAACACUGCUGAUAUCUAUUGUACAGUUAUUAAUUCUUCCCUAAGAUGUCAAGUACAAUUUUUGUUUCUCUCAAAGAUGAGUAACACCUGCUCUAUGAUUCACUAUUACAGCUAGCUCUAAUUUGUCAUUAAAUAUUUGAAUUCUGUGUUGAAA